CGCAGAGCCCAUUGCGUGGCGGGUUGCACAACGGACGCAUCACUCUGAGACUCCGCCAGAAGCAAAGCAACGCAACAAAGACAAGCGACUCUCUCUCUCUCUCUCUCAACAGUUUAGCUCGAAGUGCACCAUCAUCAAUGAACAAUUCCAUCUCUUCAUCCUCCGAUGCCUCUCCAAUCCAAUUCAACUUACCUCCCCUCUCGUUAAGCCUCUUCGACGCGGAACCAUCCACACCACAAGAAGAACCAAACGGCGUCGUCCACGGAUCAAGCGUCUCGCAUUUUGAAGAUUCCAUUUCCAAUGAAAUUGAAGAAAUGAGUAUUCGUGAUCAUCCUCCUUCCGUCUCUAACGAUUCCCAAACCUCAUGGUUUCCUGGUAAACGACAUCUCGAUGAGGAUGAUGCUUCCAUUUCAUGGAGGAAAAGAAAGAAGCAUUUUUUUGUUCUGAGUCAUUCUGGCAAACCAAUAUACUCUAGGUAUGGAGAUGAACAUAAGCUUGCUGGUUUUUCAGCAACUUUGCAAGCAAUCAUUUCGUUUGUUGAAAAUGGGGGUGACCGUGUCAAAUUGGUGAGGGCUGGAAAGCAUCAGGUGGUUUUUCUCGUGAAAGGACCAAUUUACUUAGUCUGCAUCAGCUGCACCGAAGAGCCUUAUGAGUCCUUACGGAGGCAAUUAGAUCUCAUUUAUGGCCAGAUGAUUGUCAUACUGACAAAAUCAGUAAACAGAUGCUUUGAGAAGAAUCCAAAGUUUGAUAUGACAUCCUUGCUUGGUGGAACAGACACUGUCUUCUCUUCACUAAUCCACUCUUUUUGUUGGAACCCAGCUACAUUUCUUCAUGCCUAUACUUGUCUGCCUCUUGCAUGUGCAACAAGACAAGCUGCUGGUGCCAUCUUGCAAGAUGUAGCUGAUUCCGGUGUUCUGUUUGCAAUACUGAUGUGCAGACACAAGGUAAUCAGUCUAUUUGGUGCUCAGAAAGCCUCUCUUCAUCCAGAUGAUAUGCUGCUACUGGCCAACUUUGUUAUGUCAUCAGAAUCCUUUAGGACCUCGGAGGCAUUUUCUCCUGUUUGCUUGCCAAGAUACAAUCCUUUGGCAUUUUUGUAUGCUUAUAUCCAUUAUUUUGAUGAUGACACAUACUUGAUGUUGCUGACAACUAGUUCUGAUGCAUUUUACCAUCUUAAGGAUUGCAGGAUUCGUAUUGAGACGGUCCUUUUGAAGUCAAAUGUCCUCGAUGAAGUUAAGAGAUCCUUGUUUGAUGGUGGAAUGCACAUUGAGGAUCUGCCACCCUUAUCUCAUUCUGGAUCCUCUCCUCAUUUGGGCCAGCAUAGUCUUCGACUAGAUUCUCCUGAAAGAUUGAGAGAAUCUAAUUCUAGUGCAGGUGGUGCUGCGGGUUUGUGGCAUUUCAUAUAUCGCAGCUUAUAUCUGGAUCAGUAUGUAUCUUCAGAGUUCUCAUCACCAAUUAAUACUCAUCAGCAGCAGAAAAGACUGUAUAGAGCUUACCAGAAACUUUUUGCAUCCAUGCAUGAGAAAGGAAUUGGGCCACACAAAACUCAGUUUAAAAGGGAUGAAAACUAUGUUCUGCUUUGUUGGGUAACGCAGGACUUUGAACUUUAUGCUGCAUUUGAUCCCCUUGCAGACAAGGCCUCGGCAAUAAAGACGUGCAACCGGGUAUGUCAAUGGGUAAAAGAUGUGGAAAGUGAAAUAUUUUUGCUAGGAGGUAGCCCCUUUUCAUGGUGAUUUCAUAUCAAAUACUGUAAACAUGAAAGAGAGAAGUAUUUAAUAAAAUUUAAAUAGUAUUUAUUAUUUCUUUAAUAGUAUUUCUUUAUUUUUAAGACAAGGAUACGAUAAGUCCUUGAAAUCGUCCUUCACCAAAAUAUUUCUUUAGUAAACAUCCACAGAAAUCAAUAAGACAUACAUAUUCUUUUGAGGGUAGCGUAUAGCAUGGUCCCUUACAUGAAUGUGAUCAUUCUUUUGAGUUUGUGAUCAUUCUUUUGAGUUUGGUUGAGUGAUCAUUUGUAAAGCUUAUAAGUUAAGGUUGUAAGUCUGUUGAUACUAUGACAAUACAAGUUGUAUAGACUCAAAAGUGAUCUAAGAAAAGAAAAAAAAUGUGUUAGCAGAGAAUGUUCUCAUCUCAUUAACUUGGUGAAAAAUCUUACGAGGUCAAGAUUGGACAA